CGCUCGUCGGUCGCGCUGGCAUCGCCUGUUCAUUAAUUUUCAGCCAGGUGCCGUCCGCGCAACGCCUGUCCUCUGACGGCGGAAAGCGGCAACAUGGAUUCGCCGAUAUUUUUGCCAAUUUAUUCCAAAUUCGGCCUGUGACUGACUGAAGAAGAGUGAAAAUCAGCGGCGCAAUGUGGUGCCUCCAUGCGCAAUGCGCCAUCAUCAGUCAGUCAGUGUUCAGCUGAGGGGGUUUGGAGAGUAACGAUGUUGGAGAACGGUGCAUGUUGACGGCGGCCGUUCGUUUGUGUGCCCAUUCCGCACCGAAUUCGCGAGCAAUUUUCGCGUUGACCGCUGAACCGAGCCCCGACCGUGAACUGCGAACAUGUCCGGCGUGCCGCGGUGCGCGUCUCGUGUGAUUUUUCGCCGGUGAGGUCCAACACGCACUUUGGCACCAGCUGAACUCUGUAACAUCAGCAUCGACAUGAUGGACCAGCCAAGCGUAGAGUCCAUUGAGCAGCUAGUCGGGAAGCGGCUCUGCUAAUUCGACAGACCUGCCCGACGCCCGAUGGUGUGAGAGCCAUGGCCUGGGACUGCCGAGAGGUCGUCUUUUUGGUGCUGUCGCUGCUCCAGCAGGGCGGCUGCUACCCCAUCGACUGGACCAACACUGCAGGUGGAGCUGAAGAAGUAUGGGGCCCGAUAGCGGCCAGCCUGGUCCUCCUUGUGAUGUGCGCAGCACUGGCCUUGCUAGGCUGCGUCUGCUGCAGGAGAAACAAGUCUCCGCCCUUCCAGCAGACAAAAAAGGAUCCGGUGAAACAGCCCGUGGUGAAGAAGGAGUUCAACGAUACGACGUCCAACCACAGCUUGUCCACAGCCGGCUUCGUCAACCCCUUAGCGAGUGCGGCCACACCGGCUUCUGCCAAUACCGAGUUCACCAUUUUCCCUCCGCCAGGAGUGCAGCCGCCCGACCGACCGGUGCCCACGGUGCGCUUUGAGCCGCUGCCAGACAUCAGGCCGAGGUUCGCCAUCACCCCGGCCAGCCCGGAGACCUCGAGGCUCAGGCCUGCUGCGUUCAAUAGUACAGCUCCGAAACUUCCCAGCACCGAGUUUUUCAAUGAACCGAGUUUUCCCAGAGAGAGACUAAAGUACCUGAGAGAGUUGGGCAAGGGAUGGUUCGGUAAGGUGGUUGAAGGCGAGGGUUUCAUGGAUGGCCCUGGCACCAGUCCUGUUGUCGUGAAAAUCUUGAAUGAGGCUGCGCCUGAAGAAGAUAGAUGCCUCUUUUUGAGGGAAGUGGCGGCACUGCGUGCUUUGAAUCACCCCAACUUGCUGAAGGUGCUUGGUUGCAGCUACGAUAGCGAGCCCCUACUCAUUACCAUGGAAUAUUGUCCGAUGGGCGAUUUGAAGUCCUUCCUGAUAAACCACAGAAACAACGCUGCCCAAUUCGAGCAAGAGGGUAAACUGCUUAGCAUCAUGUGCCAACUUGCAGCUGGUCUGGAGUUUAUGGCGCAGAAUGGAUUCGUUCACACUGACUUGGCAGCGAGAAAUUGCCAACUUGCUUCUGAUUAUUCUGUUAAGAUAGGAGAUUACGGAAACAGUAUUGAUAGGUUUAAGGAGGAGUAUUAUUAUGCAGGGGAAAUGGCAUUGCCGAUUAGAUGGUGUGCUCCUGAGACUCUUGUUUGCACUGAAUCCAUUAUUGAAACCAAAGAGGUCACACCAUCUGCAAACGUUUGGACCUUUGGCGUUUUGCUCUGGGAGGUGAUUGAAUUUGGAUCUCUUCCAUACUCCGCAUUGUCUGAUGAUGAAGUAAUUGUCCACGUACUUGGUCCAUCCAGACAAAUUCUUCCACCUCCUUCCCUAAACCUACCCCACAGUCAAUACCUGUACCACUUGAUGAAGCUCUGCUGGUCGAGUGAAAUGAACCGUCCAAACAUCUCCCAAAUAAAUAGUAUGCUUAACCAUCUGCUCAGCAACAAAAGCCAGGCCGACAAGACCUUUGAAGAGCGGUGGGCUUCCCUGAAGCCAAACCACUCUGUUAUGCUGCAGCUUCCUGGGCAGCAGGAGCAUCACGUCGUUGUGAUAGAGAACCACGACCUCAAAUCCACGCCGAGCAAAGACUGCUUUCCCACGGUUGAGAAGCAGCGAUCCCCGAGCUUACAGAACCUGCAUGGCUCUCUGGAUGACGUUCAGGAGCUGCGCUCAAUUUCGUUGCCUAAUAGUAGAGAAGUUUCUCCAGUUAAGACUAUCGCCACCACGAUCAGCUCAACAGGGGACCUGUUUUCAAGCCAGUCGACCACGUUGGACGACGACGACACAAGGAAAAUUUGCGAAGCCAUCCAAGACCUGGACGAUGCGCUGGCAUUGGAGCAGACGUCUUCGUCAGAAUGCAGCUCAAUCAUUUGUACACCAAUCCGGCGUCACUCAAUCACGGCUAAGCCCGAGGACACGACUCUGAAACUGGACUCAGAUUCUGAGGAAGAGGAGACGUGGAGGGGUCGCGUUGAGAGAGGAGAGUUUUCUGAGAAAGUGAGGCAGAAGUCGCAGAGCGUGCAAGACUUGAUGGUCCUCACUCACAUUGACUCGAGUAGCGACGGCGACGAAGAGUAUCUCAUGCCCAAACCUUUGAAGGGCGAAAUCUUCAAGAGCGAGGGCAAUAUUUGCGGUGCUGUGGUAAUCGAGGGCCUGCUUGAUUCUUUUAGAAAACUGAGAAAGCUGUCUAAAAUUGACGACGCGGCCGUCGACAGCUUGCCAUGCGAGAGCAUAUCAGCAGUAGCAUUAGAUUUCCAAUUCGACGAUGAGCCCCUUAGCAAUAAGUUCCUAUCAUCAGAUCUAUCUAACAAGUACCUGAUCUCAGAUGAGAGUGCCGCAGUUUCCGACGUCCAGGCAGAGGCGUUUGACCAGCCGUAUAGCAUUCUGGAUAUCACAGAAGACACCACCAAGGAGGAGGAAAGUGAAAGUGCUGAAAAUCCGAACCCCCAACACAGUUUGGAGCAAAAUUUUGACGUGCCCGUGACUUCUUUCCUUGCCAAUAACAAAGAGGAGCCUAUCCAAGUGCUGGAAACGCCCGCCAACGUGCUGAAUUCCAUUGUGCUGGAAAGUCAAAUGGAAGUUCCGAUCGUAGUUACUGAUCUCACAAAGCCCGAGAGCGAGGCUAAGACAAUCAGGGAAGAGACAGAGUCGGCGUCAUCCCUAAACUUGCUCCAGCCGCCGCCUCCCAAGUCCCACAAAACAAAGUCGCUCCACAUCGACUUGGCAUCUGAGCCUGUGAGCAUGAUCGCAUAUGAAUCGUCGCAACCAAAACACCACCGAAAAAUCAGAGACGUAUCUAAAGACCUGAACUACAUGCAAAUUAAAUCUCACUUCCAAAAAUUGCCUAACUCUGACACUGCAGGCAUGAUUGCGUUUGACUCUCACGUUCCGCCAGUGUCUUUGCACUCGCCAGAAGACCCGAUCAGCACGACCAAAGCAGUGGAGGCAUCGCAUCCACCUGUCAUGCUGAAGGUGGAGCGGAAACCCCUGCCCAGCCCUGAGAAGGAGGCGAGCGAAGGCCCCAACAGCACCAUUGCGUUUGAGUAUGUGGAGGAGAAGCAGGAAGCUCUGAUAUUGGACGCUGAGCCGUUGUUCAAACCAAAGCGGCUGGCCGAGCUUUGCGAAGAGACACUUGUGCUGGAAGUCAAGCCAUACGAUGAGUCAAGCAUGGAGGCUAUCAUUCUCGACGUGGACACCACUAACCUGGCCGCCGAAAUCUGCCUGGAAAAUCCAGAGCUGGUGCAGCUGUCGACUCAGACGACCGAAAACCUUCAGACGACUGCCCUCAGCAGGUUGGACAAUUUGCUCAACGACCGUAAUGACGUGGUAAGCAACUGGUCGGAGAUGAAAUUCUCGACAAAAAAAAGUAACGGCGACUUGGACGGUCUGAAGGCCGGGCUUGAGGAGUUCACGAUCAAAAGGACAACGCCUGAUGACGAGCGUAGCAGUGACUCUGGCUACAGGGACAAGGCCAGCCUGAGCGAGAGCUGCGACGGGGAAAGCGGUGACAAGUAUAAUCUGGAGGACAUUGAGGUCGAACUGGAGACUUUUGGGCAGCUAGGCACCCCAUCAAGCGACAGCGGACUCGAGAGAACCCCGCACGACGACUUGAAGGGCUUUGACGCUGCCGAUGGUGACGAAAAGAACGAGGACGACGACGAAUUCUGGAAGCAGCAGAUGGCCUCGCUGAAGAACGCGGCCGGCAAGACGAUGGCCUUGUUCCACGAGGCGGUCGGCACCGACCUCUCACCUUCAGAUGAGGAGAAGGCGUACACCAACUCAUGGUUCAAACGCAGCUUGGAGGACAGCGAAGGCAGCUCGGACGCCGAGAAUUCAGGCUAUGGACUGGACGAGGCCAGUGAGGCGGCCAUCCGCAGCGAGCUGCAGCAAAAAUUGCCCAACCUGGGUGGCUGCAGCGACGGUGGAGACGAGGAGGAGGUGCGCCAGGAGGACAUUCCGGUGCAUUACAACAUCUAUCCGGCCCCUCUUUCCCCUAUUCUGGAGGAGCAGGAGAGUCUGGCCUCGUCUGGCAGCUGCUCGCCGUCAGUGAGCGUGGCGACCAAAGUGGCCGUAGCUGUGCGCUCCAAGAGCCUCUCCAGCUCGUGCUCAAACAGUCCUGCGCAGGUUGAAACCCCACCGCUGGUGAUGGACCGCUCUGAGCACUUUGAAGCGGACAUCCGAGCGGCUAUCGAGUCGUGCUCAGCAGGCGCCUCCACUCAAGACGAUGACGACGUGCUCUUCAUCAACACCGAGACAAACGAAGCAACCAUGGUGGAGUCGCCUCUCAAGCCCAAAUUGCCGUUCCUCAAUUUUGCCAACGGACAGGAAGUGUACGGUACGGCCACCAGCGUGGAUGAUCAGUGGGUGGAGGAUGAAGAGGAAGAGGAGGAGCCCGUGCACGAAAAGGUCACCUCCUUCGGCAUGGAGAAGGACGAGGCCGCGGAGGCAAUGACCUGGAUUUCGCUGCCGUCGACAAAGGUGCCGAUGCCUUCUCCUGAGGAGGAGCACGCCAAGUUGGUUGGGGCCGAGCUGAACGAGCCACAGGUCCAGUGCUUGACGCCCGACUGGGAGAGCGACACUGGCAGCGAAGACUCUUGCUCCAGUGGCGAGUUUGUGUGGAAGGAGGGCGAUAAAGAAACUGAAGUAAAGCCUGUUGUUAGCAAUGAAGUCGAACUUGACGAACAGAAACAAGCUGUUGAAGCGUCAAAUGUUCCGCAAGCAAUGCAUAGCCCCACCAAGACAUUUGAAACAUUUAACACGAUGGACGUCAUCGAAGAGGAAGACGAGGACGAUGGGUCGAGUUGCUCAAGUUCCGAAACUGAAUUCAUCCCAUCGUCCUGGAAUUCUGAGGCCACGCCAAACAGGUCUUCUCUCAGGAGUCCUGAGAAAAAAUCGGAGGAAGAGGACAGCAUUGAGCUGAAAAAGAACGUUUCCUUCAAAAAGGAGAAAUAUCACCACGUAUACGAGUAUCCUAGAGAGCCCAGUGACACUGAAGUUGACGAGUCAGUUUUCGUGGACUCUCGCAAGCGGUGGGAGACGAGCCAGAAUCCCGUUGACUACGCCAAUUAUGCUGACUGGGAGUUGUACGACGACGAUCUCGGUGAGAACGCUGACCCUGACACAGACCCAGACUCUUCAGAGCAUGGAAAAGUGCAGAAGCCCUUCAAUUUCUACAAGCUCAGCAGCAUCGAGUGCGACUUCAAUAAUGGGGUCAACGCUGAAGAGAACGACUUCUUCAUCAGCAGUUCGACGCGGCCGUUCCACCUGAACCCAGCGGCCAUCAGCACAAGUCAAUUCUUCCCUGGCAUGGGUACCGGCGAGCAGCCGGAGCCGCCCUCCCCCGGAGGCAGCAGUGGCGGCAGUAGCAACACUACGCCUCCCUCUCCCCUGUCCCCGACUAGCCUGGGAGAGCUUCGGCACACGAGGGACAAACUGAAACUAGACUUGCCAAAUAAGUUCUGCCUGGUGCCGCCACUGAGUCCAAAGUUGAAAGCGUCGCCGUCGCCGACCAGUGAAGCUGCCGAAACGCAAGCGUAACAAAUUCGAAGACACUAAAUUAAUUUUCAGACGUGCAAAAGUUGGAAUUCAGUGUUUAAUCAAUUUCUGUGAUGUUUGUUGAUUUUAUUGUUUACAUCGGCGUGUGAUACCAGUUUUCUUUUUUUUUUAAAUUUGAUUUUGAACACGAGAGACACGAUUUAGCGACGACUCGAUACAGUGGAAAUUGUGCGAAGUAGUGUGCGCCCUGCCAUUUUCAGAUCACGUGAAUCACAAUCGGGCCAUCCUUUCUUCAAUUAUUAUUCUCCUUGCAAUACUCAUAAGUACAGGUCUUAGGAAUUAAGACUGAAACAGAAAAGACCUUCCAAGUAAUAAAGAGAUGAGAGAAAGUUGGAACUAAUUUUAUCUGGCGUCGAGACGACGCACUAGUGAAACUGCUGAAUGAGAAAUAGUGUAUUUAUUAUUGAGGAAGAGAAAAUAUUUAUCAUAUACGGCGUUGAUUUCAUUCACAACUAAUGCCUGCUUAAUUCUGAUUUUAUCGAACGAUAGCGGUCAAAGGUCCUGAGCGCCAUAUUUUGCCAGAACCAAUUUGACGCGAAUUCACGUACGACACACUCACUUUUUGCCCCCAUUGUAAUUACGCGUAUUAUUCCUUACUUAUGCAACACUUCAGUCACAAAUUAUGCAUCAUUGAUUACUAUUUAUUUUUACAUUAGCAAGCUUGCGCAGAAAUCUGAUAGUUGGUCCUUUUUGUGGCUCGUUAUUGCCAUUUUGAUAGUUUGAACAUCGGAGCCGCAUAAAAUUAUUAGAAACUUAGCACGUGUGCACAGUUAAAAAGCCGUCCAAACGGAGUUCUCUACUGAAAGUGAUCCAUCAAAUGACAUCAAAAGCUAAUUGAAAAUUAGAUUUACACUGGCUUUUAAAUGUUUUGAGUUGACGACUUUCCGGUGAUGAAUGAUGCUGAAUCAGUGUUUAUUAGUCUGUUAUUAUUUAAUAAUAUGUAAUUCACUGAUAUGUCUUGUUAAUUAUUGUUUGGUGUAUAGACUUGAUUAUUGCUAAUAAUUGUAUUGCUAAUAAUCAUGCAAACAUGAUUUCUGAUUUGCAACAUUACAAUAAAAACCGGCAAAUUGAACAGAA